GGGUCAUGUUGAUGGGAGUGAUCCAGCACCUACCGAUCCUACGACGUUGGUUCAAUGGAAGGUGAAAGAUGCUCGCGUGAUGACUUGGAUUCUUGGGUCUAUUGAUCCACUGCUUAUACUCAAUUUAAGGCCGCACGAGACGGCUAAAUCGAUGUGGGAGUACUUGAAAAAGGUCUAUCAUCACGAUCAUUCCGCUCGGCGAUUUCAGUUGGAAACUGAUCUUGCUGCCUAUUCCCAAGGUACACUCUCUGUUCAGGAAUAUUUCUGUGGUUUUCAGAAUCUUUGGGCUGAGUUUUCCGACAUUGUGUAUGCCGACGUGUCGGCCGAGUCCCUCUCUGUUGUUCAAGCAGUCCAUGAAGUUAGCAAAAGAGACCAGUUUUUAAUGAAACUAAGGCCAAAAUUCGAGUCUAUUCGCUCUAACCUGAUGCACAGGGAUCCUUCACCAUCUCUUGACAUGUGUUAUGGAGCACUUCUUCGAGAGGAACAACGUCUUCUUACUCAAUCUUCGCUUCCGCAAGAGAAUGCUGUCACAUACGCUGCUCAAGGCAAAGGGAGGGUUCGAGACAUGCGUACAGUUCAAUGCUACAGUUGCAAAGAUUAUGGGCAUAUUGCUGCCCAUUGUGCUAAAAAGUUCUGCAACUAUUAUAAACAGAAGGGGCACAUCAUCAAAGAAUGCCCAACACGUCCUCAAAACCGACCCGUGAAUGCUUAUCAUGCUACUGCUACUGGCCACACUUCGGAUGGGGUGGACUACCAUUCUAUUCGGGAAGCUGUUGAUACUCGGGUUAUCUCUCUUCCACAUGUCUCAAGCGACCUUCAGAUAGUGGACGUCUUCACCAAAACUAUGACAUGACUACGUCAUCAGUUUCUUGUUGGCAAAUUGAUGCUUCUUGAUCGACCGGCAUCAAUUUGAGGGGGGAUGUUAGUAGGAUAGACAACAUACUUACCAUAAAUAAAUUGUACAGUUAUUUAGGAAACAGAUCUGUAAAUAUCUUUCCUGAAUUAGGGGAUAUAGAUGCUGCUGUAAUUAGGGGAUAUAGAUGUUGUAAUUAGGUGAUAUUAUGCUGUAAUUAGGGGAUAUAGAUGCUGUAAUUAGGUGAUAUUAUGCUGUAAUUAGGGGAUAUAGAUGCUGUAAUUAGGAGAGAUUAUGUUAUAAAUAGGGGAUAUAGAUGCUGCUGUAAUUAGGAGAUAUUAUGCUGUAAUUAGGGGAUACC